AUGCAAUUGACCACUGGAAAGCAGGGUCUUAAAACGCCCAGGGUUGCCCCGGUGGCUGCAUUACUCUCUUUGGAGCUUAGAGGCUCUCUUCACAACAUCUACUCCUGUGAAUACCAGCAGACUGUAGAAGUCUUCCUCUCUCUUUACCAAAAGGAAUAUCUUAAUAAUAUUCCUUUUGGCCGCCAGACAAUGCUCAUGCAAUAUCAGAAGGACUCGCAGGAAGAAGCUUCAGAUCGAGAAUCAACUCCUGGCAUGUUACGACAAUAUGACGACUCUUCACCGGAUUGGCAAUGA